AUGGUGCGCAAGAGCAGCAGGAAGUGGAGAAUGUGUACGGACUUCACCGACCUUAACAAGGCCUGCCCAAAAGACUCGUACCCGCUACCGAACAUAGACUGCCUGGUGGAUGGGGCAUCGGGAUACGAGUUGCUAAGCUUCAUGGAUGCCUACUCGGGGUACAACCAAAUCCGAAUGCAUCCCGCAGACGAGGACAAGACCGCUUUCAUAGCCGAUCAAGCCAAUUUCUGCUACAGGGUUAUGCCGUUCGGUCUGAAGAACGCAGGGGCGACUUAUCAGCGACUGAUGGACAAAGUCCUUUGCUCGGCGAUCAUCAACAUGAGGAGCCCAUCUACGGUGAAAGAGGUACAGCAAUUGACGGGAAGGAUGGCUUCUCUCUCCCGACUUCUAUCAAGAGCAGCGGAUAAAGCGCUGCCUCUUUUUCAAUGUUUGAGGAAGAACGACCGGUUCGCUUGGACGACCGAGUGUGAAGAAGCCUUCUCCGAGCUCAAGAAGUCAUUGGCAUCCCCGCCGAACCUGACAAAACCACGACUAAACAUGCCCUUGUUGGUGUACAUCUCGAUAUCCGACCGAGCUGGAGCAGAGACAAGAUAUCAGAGGAUCGAAAAGCUGGCCCUCGUGAUACUGGUCACUGCGAGGAAGUUGAGGCACUACUUCCAGAGUUACGAAAUGAUAAUUCGUACUGACCACCCGAUUCGACAAGUCUUGCAAAAACCCGAUCUGGCUGGCAGAAUGAUGAAGUGGUCGGUCGAGUUAUCAGAAUUCUUCAUCAAGUAUGAGCCGAGAGGAGCAAUCAAAGCUCAAGCAUUAGCCGACUUCCUAAUAGAGUUGACCCCUCAGGCCGAGGAGAAUACGGCCGAGUACGAGGCGUUGUUGGCCGGCAUGGCAUUGGCGAAGGAAAUGGGGGCGACGAGUUUAUCAGCACGAAGUGACUCUCAAUUGAUCACGGGGCAGGUAGCAGGCACGUUCCAGGCAAAGGACCCUCAACUGGCAAAGUACUUGGAAAAAGUCAAGCUCCUAUCGGAAAAUUUCCGGGAGUUCACACUUAACCACGUAUCCCGAGAGCAAAAUUCGAGGGCUGAUCUGCUCUCCAAGCUUGCUAGCACAAAAAAGCCGGGAGCCACCCGAUCGGUCAUCCAAGAGACCUUAGCGCAACCAAGUAUUAAUGAACCACAGGGGAGUGUUCUUUUCAUCGAAGAAGAGCUCAAUUCAUGGAUGGGACCGUACAUCACAUACUUGACUCGGGGGGAAUUGCUAGAGGACAAGAAGGAGGCGUCACUAAUACAGAGGGAGUCAGCCAGGUUCGUAGUCAUCAACGAGAGAUUGUAUCGAAGAGGUUUCAGCUCUCCCCUUCUAAGGUGUUUGACCACGUCACAAGCGCAGAGAGUGAUGGACGAAGUACAUAGCGGAAUGUGUGGAAGCCAUAUUGGAGGACGAGCUCUGGUAUACAAAGUGGCGAGGGCAGGCUACUUUUGGCCGAGUCUGAGAAAUGACUGCGUCAAUUGGGUUAAAAAAUGUGAUGGAUGUCAAAGGCAUGCAACACUGCACCACUCCCCAACUGAACGACUCCACUCGAUUUUGUCUCUUUGGCCAUUCAACAAGUGGGGUAUUGACAUACUCGGUCCAUUUCUGAUUGUAGUGAGACAGCUGAAGUUCUUGAUAGUGGUCGUGGACUACUUUAGCAAAUGGAUCGAGGCGGAGCCAGUUGCAACCAUCUCGGCAGAAAAGGUCAGAACUUUUCUUUGGAAGAAUGUGGUGUGCAGGUAUGGAGUCCCUCAAAUUCUCGUUUCCGAUAAUGGGACACAAUUUGCAAGCGCAAGAGUUUGA